CUUUUAGCCUUCGACCCUCGAGAUCAAUUCACCGCGCGAUUCGCGCGAGUCGAGAGUGCCAUUGUUGCGAAAGAUGUCUCCAAAAGCUCAGGAAAAUCGAUUUCUUUCAGAGCAUAUAGUCGAACCAUAGUGGUGUACUUGAUCAUCAAAAAAGAAAAUGGGGAACAGACAGGGAAGAAAUGAUCCCUCCAAUGGUGGCCACCAAAAGUGGCCGCAAAAUCAAGACCGCCCAAGAGAGGAAGAAGAAAGAAAAGAGGAUUCCUCUCCCUCCAAGAUGAGGAACACCAAGUCCGCCAUAGCCGGAUCCUCGACACCCCUCCGGGGCUCCGCGGCAUUCAAGGCGGGCAACGUCCUGGGCCGCCCCUUCUCGGAUCUCCGCCAGGAAUUCGCCCUCGCCCGCGAGCUGGGCGCCGGCCAAUUCGGCGUCACGCGCCUGUGCUCGCGCAGAUCCACCGGCGAGCGCCUGGCCUGCAAGUCCAUCGCCAAGCGCAAGCUCCUGGAUCGCAGCGAUGCCGAGGACGUACGGCGCGAGGUCCAGAUCAUGCACCAUCUCUGUGGCCACGCCCACAUCGUGGCGCUCCGCGAGGUGUUCGAGGACAAGGGGAGCGUCCAUCUCAUCAUGGAGCUGUGCGAGGGCGGCGAGCUCUUCGAUCGGAUCGUCCAGCGCGGGCACUACAGCGAGAGGGCGGCGGCGACGCUGUGCCGGACCAUGGUGCUUGUGCUCCAGACGUGCCACUCGCUCGGGGUGAUGCAUCGAGAUCUCAAGCCCGAGAAUUUCUUGUUCGCCAGCGCCGACGAGGAUUCGCCGCUCAAGGCCACCGAUUUUGGCCUCUCCGUGUUCUUCAAGCCCGGUGAGACCUUUAAAGAUCUUGUUGGCAGCGCGUUCUACGUUGCCCCCGAAGUUCUUAGACGCAACUAUGGACCUGAGGCCGAUAUUUGGAGUGCUGGAGUAAUCCUAUACAUUCUUCUCAGCGGAGUUCCACCUUUCUGGGCUGAAACGGAGCAAGGGAUUUUCGAUGAAAUUCUUCGCGGCCACCUCGAUCUUUCCAGCGACCCUUGGCCAUCAAUCUCCGACGGUGCCAAGGAUUUGCUGCGCAAGAUGCUCAAGCAAGACCCCAAGGAGAGGAUGACACCACUGGAAGUUCUAAACCAUCCUUGGCUCAAAGAAGAUGGCGAAGCGCCGGACGUGCCGCUGGACAACGCAGUGCUCUCACGAAUGAAGCAGUUUUCUGCCAUGAACAAGCUCAAAAAGCUUGCACUUAAGGUGAUUGCCGAGAGUCUAUCCGAGGAAGAGAUCAUGGGACUCAAAGAGAUGUUUAAGAGCAUUGACACAGAUAACAGUGGGACGAUCACUUACGACGAGUUAAAAGCUGGACUCGCAAACUUGGGAUCCGCUCUCGCGGAACACGAAGUCCAGCAGCUCAUGCGAGCAGUAAGUGUGCUUCUUUUCUACGUUUUAGUUCGUUCUUCUUUUUCUUUUUUCGUGUUCCAGGCUGACGUUGAUGGAAAUGGCUCGAUCGAUUACACGGAGUUUAUCACCGCGACCAUGCAUCUCAACAAAAUGGAGAAGGAGGAUCACCUAUACUCUGCUUUCCAGUUCUUCGACAAGGAUAACAGCGGGUACAUCACUGUGGAAGAACUGGAGCAAGCUCUCGGCGAUCUAAACAUGCAAGACUUGACAGAAAUCAUCAAAGAAGUGGACACAGACAAUGACGGGAAGAUCGACUACGAUGAAUUUGUAGCCAUGAUGCGAGGAGCAAAUCCUCCAAGAACAGCUGCUGUCGCCGCCAAAGCCGCAGAGAAGAGUUCCUCUUGAAGAAGAAGAAGAAGAAAACAUAGAGGGAGAUCAUCCAGUGUUCUAUCAUAUGGUGGAAGGAGGGAUGGUUUCGUUAGAAAGAAACGCUUGUUUGAUGGAGUACCAUCUAUUUCUUGCUCGUCA